CACUCUACAACUUGGAGCAUUAUUGAGUAUUCAUUUGCUCAUAUAUUGCUUUUCUUGACUUAGAGACUCUCUCUCUAAUCUUAAACUAACUUAAGUACUAUAAAAUGUCUUUUGCAGAUACAUUCUUGCCGUAAAUUAUUAGAUUUUUCCUGCUUCACUACACUACACUCUCAACCUCAUUCUCCAUCAUGCAUCGUUGCAUCUUGGACUAAGCCCUUAUGCUAUAAGACAAUUUAUCAAAUAUCAAAAUAAAUCAUACAAAUUAGGAGGGGAGUAUAAGCAAACACAGAUAGCUAAUUUUCACACACAUUCUUUUUGAGCGAUCAUCAUGGGAUCCCAAACACAGUCUCAGCUACCAGUUGUUGACUUCACCGAUGAAAACAUGCAGCUUGGCAGUGAUGCGUGGCUCUCAGCCUGCCAUGUCGUGAGGACUGCCCUUGAGCACCAUGGUUGUUUCGUUGCACGCUUUGAUAAACUUGGAAAAGAGCUUUGUGACACUGUUGUCUCCAACUUGGAAGAAUUGUUUGGUCUUCCACUUGAAACAAAAGCUCAAAAGACCAGUGACAAGCUUUUCCAUAGCUACCUAGGACAAGUGUCAUGGCUUCCCUUAUAUGAAUCUCUGGGCAUUGACGAUCCAUUAUCCGUGGAUGGAUGUCAGAAAUUCACUAGCAUCAUGUGGCCGGAAGGGAACAGUCAUUUCUGUGAAUGGAUGAAUGAGUAUGCUAAGCUCUUGGGAGAGUUAGACCGAAUGACCAAGAGAAUGGUGUUUGAGAGCUAUGGUGUGGACAUGGAACGAUGCGAUUGUUUCAUAGAAUCAAGCAAUUAUCUUCUUCGAUGCUUAAAAUACAGAGCACCUCAGAUGGAUGAAGAAAAUGUUGGGUUGCAGUCUCACACAGACUUGACUUUGAUAUCCGUAGUGCAUCAGCUGAACAAUCUGAAUGGAUUGGAAAUUAAACUGAAGGAUGGGGAGUGGACUGGGGUUGAUGCUUCACCCUCUAUGUUUGUGGUCAUGGCAGGGGAUGCACUCAAUGUGUGGAGUAAUGGCAAGAUAAGGCCAUGUGAACACAGGGUUAUAAUGAAUGCAAAGCAAACAAGAUACUCCACGGGACUAUUUUCUUUUUAUAGUAAGGUGAUGGAGAUACCGGAGGAGCUAGUGAAUGAGCAACACCCCUUGCGUUAUAAACCAACAUUUGACCAUUAUGACUACCUUAGUUUCUUAGACAAAGAGAAAAUCAAAGAAUUUUAUCCCCGAAUCCAAGCUUAUUGUGGAAUCUGAAACCUACUGCAAAGUGAAGGAAUUGAUCGUGUCAUAUUUCUCUUGUGUCUAUGAAUGAUAAAGUUGGAUCGUAGGAGUUGGUUGCUGCCUUAUGUACGUGUGCUCUUCUAAUGUUGUUUGUAAUUUUUUUUUAAUAAUUUGUUGGCUACAAUAUAAUUGUAGACGAUGAUCUCUUAUAUAUGCCCUUCUUAAUCCAUUAAUAGAAUUGAUUAAAUAUAUA